AUGAAGCUGGACCUGCUGACCUGCCUGGCUCUGGCCGCCGCCGGCCUCGUCGCCAUGGUGACCGGCGGCCGCACCUCCAACCGUCGGAAGCACAAGGAGGUUUUCCUGGGCGAGAACAGCAAGUUCAAGUUUGGAGGACGUAUCGACUACAAGCUGAAGCGACAGGACAGCACCAAAACUCUGCUGAUAAAAACUGAACAACUGCUGAGGAUCGAGGAGCACGACUUCGCCAUGAGGCCGGGCUUCGGAGGUGAGACCAUCCCUGUGGGCAUCGACGUGCAGGUGGAGAGCAUCGACAGCAUCUCAGAGGUCAACAUGGACUUCACCAUGACUCUGUACCUGCGUCACUACUGGAAGGACGAGCGCCUUUCGUUUCCGUCUCGAACCAACCGGAGCAGGACAUUUGACUCGCGGCUGGUGAAGAAGAUCUGGGUUCCGGACGUCUUCUUCGUGCACUCCAAGCGCUCCUUCAUCCACGACACCACCAUGGAGAACAUCAUGCUGCGGGUUUACCCCGACGGAAACAUCCUCUACAGCGUCAGGGUGACGGUGACGGCGCUCUGCUCCAUGGACUUCAGCAGCUUCCCCCUGGACACCCAGAACUGUUCGCUGGAGCUGGAGAGCUACGCCUACAAUGAGAACGACCUGAUGCUGUACUGGAAGAACGGAAACGACUCUCUGAGGACGGACGAGAUCGUCUUAUCGCAGUUCUUCAUCGAGCAUUUCCAGGCCUCCAGCGGCCUGGCUUUCUACAGCAGCACCGGUUGGUACAAUCGUCUGUUCAUUAACUUCAUCCUGCGGCGGCACAUCUUCUUCUUCAUGCUGCAGACCUACUUCCCCACCAUGCUGAUGGUGGUCCUGUCCUGGGUGUCCUUCUGGAUCGACCGGAGGGCCGUUCCUGCUCGAGUGUCUCUGGGUAUCACCACAGUGCUCACCAUGUCCACCAUCAUCACCGGAGUGUCCUCCUCCAUGCCUCAGGUGUCGUAUGUGAAGGCGGUGGACAUCUACCUGUGGACCAGCUUCCUGUUCGUCUUCCUGUCUGUGAUCGAAUACGCAGCUGUGAACUACUGCACCACUCUGGAGGAGAUGAGGAAGAUGAAGAGGGGGAAGAUCCCCUCCACCUUCAAUGCCAGCCAAGCGAUGGCCUUCGACGGCUGUUUCCACGACAAUGACAUCGAGCUGACUCCGUUCCCUCGGAUGGCGCCCACCCUGACCACCGACCCCCUCACCCCGCCGCCCCAGAACCUGGACGUCCGGCCCACAGAGGGGACUCGCCUCCGCCGGCAGCGCUCGGUGCGUGAGAACGUGGACCUGCUGGUCAGCAACAGCUACAUGAUCGACUCGUAUUCGCGGCUGGCCUUCCCUCUGUCCUACCUGCUGUUCAACACCAUCUACUGGAGCCUCUACUCCUGAUGGGCUGCUGGAGGCCCUACAGGGUCAAUGGAGGCCCCGGGUGGAUCCUCUGGGGCUCCUCGCUGGAUUUACUCGUCAUUUCAGGGCUCGUCCAGCUCCGUCAUGUUCACUGCUCGAGAGAUUAACCUGAAAACACUGGAGUCCGUCAGAAGGAACUCUCUUAUUCUGCACAAUUGUUUCACUCAGACUCAUGGAAGUGGCUUAUAACCUGAGAUCACACCAACAGAAUCUGAUUUUUUUUAAAAUAAUCUGUGUCUUUUCUUUUUGUGCUUCAUAGUGACCUCAAACUUUUAUUUCUGAGCGAUGUUAUUUACCCAUUUCUUUAGCUACAAGGACAUUCAAGUGAAAAUGUGUUUUUUUUCUUCUUCAAAUAAAAGCACAUUUGAUUGGGACAAACAAACUACUAAACAUGUAAUUUAUUUUAUUUGAUGCAUUUUUAAUUGACUUUUUGUGCUGUAGCUGCUGCCCUGAAGUCACUGUCCUUACUGUGAUUUUAUCUUUAGAAAUAAAGAAAUAAUUUUAAUCUGAUCUGAAGUAACUACGUCAUAAAUACUAUUUGAAAUAUUUUACAUAGAAAACCAUUUAUAUGGAUGUAUGUGGUUGAAAUUCUGCCCUCGGAAAUGUCUAGAAAUACCAAUAGUGAUCAUUUUGAAUUGUAAAAUUUCAUA